AAUCAGGGAGAACAGGAGGACUCUUCUAGAGUGAGGUGAAGGGUGCUUGGGAGUCCCUGAACAUCCAUGUUUGAAGAUCCUAAAAGAUACAAAGUGAUUCAAUGCAGAAGAAAAAGUCCACCCCUAACAGCAUGAAGGAGGAAGAUUUGCUUCUGUUCACCAUCUCAGUGUUGGGAUUCCUCAUGAGAAGAAAAAGGAGAACAAAAAGCAUGAAGAUCUUCCAGAAGGCCACCACUCACCCCAUGGUCAGAUGCUGCAGGAUGUGGAGGGUGUCAGGAGUGCUGGCAGCAAGACUAAGGAGGCAGGAGAAGAUGGGGCUGCAGAGGAAGGACCUUUGCUCAGCAAAGUAGAGCCACGCAAAGAUGUGAAAGAUUGGAGGCUGCCGACCGCUCUGGGAGCUGUGAAUCCGCCUCUAAUCUCCUCAGGUCUGAGUGACAGCAAGGCUGCAGGACGAAGCUGUGAACUAUCCCCCCCAAUAACAAAGAGCUUCCGAAUAUACGAUGUGAGUCCUCUUUCUUCUCCUAACCUGUUGCAGACUGAGAAGAUGUGUUCCUACAGAAGGGCACGUAUGGCCCGUCUGCCCCAGCAGGGCCCUUUCCGGCACCUCAUGGACAUGAAGGCAGAGAAGAGACUGGCAGGCUGGAAGGAACGCCGUAGCCGCUUUGGUGACAUCAGCACGCAUAAGUGCUACCAGUUUGGGCAGAUCUUCUCUCCCUUCCAGGCUCUGGCCACCACGGAAAAAAUAUUCUCCUUCCAUGUCUGCUCACUGCCAGCUCACAGAACAGGAGGGUGUAAAGAGUUGAGAAUCAUCCUCCCAUCUGCCACUAUACAUAGUCUCUUAGGUUGUAUGGGACAACGACCUCUCAGAGAAGUCCAGGGGAAGAUUAUCAGGCAGUAGCUACAGCUUUGAUGUUCAGAGAUGAGAUGAUUUCAAGGGAAGAGGAGAUGCGAAGGCUGAUGUUGCCCCGAGACCUGCCCAUGAGUUCUCGAAUGCAGAGACUAAGUACUUCCUCCUUCAGUGACAUGAAUCUCCAGGAUUUACCCCUGUCUCCCA